AUGGCAGUCACAGCAAAUUCAGAAACCUCUCAAAUCCACAGAUUCCCUCAAUACAAAUACAUCGACGCCGUUCGUUGGCUUCCAGUUCUCUCCGCAUUCAACCGCUUCGCCGUUCUCGCUUCCUCCGACUUCGAUUCCGACGUCUCUUCCAUCGAAAUCCACUCCUUCAAACCGAACCCUAUUUCCUUCGAUUUCCAAUCUUCAUGGACCUCUCCUUCCCCAAUCUCCUCCCUCAAAGCCUCACAGUUCCUUCAGAGAUCAAUUAUCGCCGCUUCAACUUCCUCCGGCUCACUUCACUUCCUGUUCGCUGAUUCCACCGAUGGGAUUAUCGAAUCUGAGGUUUCUGUACCGGAGAACGAGCUUCACUCGGUGGCUAAGUCUUGCAUUGAUUUGAUGGAUGGUGGAGUUGAGUGUGUUACUGUUGGGGAUGAUGGGAAGGUUAAUUUGGUUACUGUUGGUGACUCUAAUUUGAGUUAUCGGAGAUUGUUUGAUAGUGAGGGGUUGGUGCCUUACUCGGCGGUGAAAUGGGCUUCUUCCGUGGAGUUUGCUACAGGAGGAUAUGGAUUUGGGCUUCAGUGGUGGGAUCAGAGGAAACCGGGUGGGCCGGUUUCUCAGUUUAAGGGUAACGGGGAUACAAAAUUGACUUCUGGCAUAGUGCACUCUAUCGACAUUCAUCCAUCAAGAAAGCAUACUUGCCUGGCUGGCGGUUCCUUAGGUACUGUUUUGGCUUGGGAUCUUAGGUGGCAACAACAACCAAUUAUACUCUCAGGAGCAGGGGAUGGGGCUGGCAACACUGCAGUCCAGUCAAUAUCUGAAAGUGAGAUUUGGGAGAUUCAAUAUGAUCGUUGCAUAAAAUCAAACACUUCAUCAACCCGGAUUUUACCUGCCAUGAUAUGUUCAGAGGAUGGAAUUCUUGGCGUGAUUGAGCAAGGCGAGGAACCCAUUGAACUGCUGGAAGAACCUUGCGCCAUCAAUAGCUUUGAUAUUGAUCGACAUAAUCCAUUGGAUGUGAUUUGCAGUUUAGAGUGGGAAUCAGUAGCCAUAUUGACAAGACAAUAA